AUGGCUGCAGACGGCUUUGCACACGGACGGCUCCUAGAUGAGCUGGUGCGGCCGGUGAACGCCGUCGACCUCAAGAGCCCCCGCAACACGUCGCCCAUAUCAAAGCGUGAGGAAAGCAGGUCCAAGCGGCGACAGCUCAAAAAGGAUGAGCCCUUGUCGAAACGAGGUCAGACACAGAGGCCCAGUGUCAGUCUCGUGGGCCUGGGGAGUCUCACGAUCGAGGCUUUGCAAUUCCUGCUCCAGCAGCCCAGGAACCGCUUGCUAAUCGAGGAGUCCCAUGAGUUGCAGGCUGGGACACAGAUGGGCAGAUACAUGGCAAUGCGAGGGUCUGAGCAGACGCUAUUUCAACUUCCAGCCAGCAGGGCUCCAGUGGGCUUCUUGCGGUACAACAGCUGGGCUCGCGCAGUUGCUGGGGCUACCUUUCGCGCUUGGAUGCAGCACCUGGUAAAGCUGCGGCAAGAGGGCAUCGGCCGGCGGAGGCGGAGGUCGUCCUCAGUGCUUAUCGUCAAAGAUUUGGCCAAUUCACUCUCGACAGGCCUGGGAGAGCGAUUAGACUCCGACUCUUCUGAUUCCAGCGAUGGAGAAGGGGAGCUCGGGGAGUCGAUUUUUGAUCCGCUGGUGGUGGAUGCUGCAGCCUUGCACACUGCCUUUCGCACAGGCAGCCUCAUGACCAUCGUGAAAGCCAAGCAGUCAUCGCACAGAGAGGCUCACGCAGAGACCAAAGAGAAGUAUAUCCUUCCGGAUCUGGUGGGGAAGGAUCCGGGAAAAAGCGACUCCAAGACCACUGAAAGCACCGCGUCGACCGAGCGGAAGGGCUCGAAGAGGCGCACUGCGAAGCCCUCCAAGGAAACCAUUGGUAACGCGGCUCGCUGGGACGAGGAUUUUGGCAGCGCUGACGAGCGCAUGCGCCGCGAGCGCUUGAUGAACGAUGCCGAGUAUGUUGGCUUUCAGAUGGACAAGUUGCGGCGCACGAAGGUCGUGAACCGCCUCGCCCAGACCAGCGCACCGGACCUCUUCGAGGCUGCUGGGGCCGGUCUUCAGAAAGGUGGGCCUCGGCGCCUGGGAAAG